AUGGAGGGGGCUAUUUUAGCUCGAGAUCUUGGUUCUGAUGACUUUGAGUUGUCGGUGUACGAUGAUAGCUUCACCGACAAUGGUAUUGAAGGUAGCAAUUUUGUUGUUGAUGAUGAAGAAUCUGAUUCUUCGGUUAGGGUACAUGAAUCGUAUGACGAUAAUGAUGUUAGACAUACUCCUAAUAUUGCCAUUGUUCCUGUUCUUAAGACAGAUAGGGGUUCGGUUGCUUCAGCUGCACUUGUGGUUGUAUUGUCUGGUGGAGAGGCUAGUAGCGGAGGUAGGGUUAUGAAGAGGUCUCGUUCCUUGGAUCCAUGUACAUUCCAAUCAUUUUCUCAUAGCUUGGGGAUUAGUCAUCGACCUUCCUAUAUCCAACAGCUAAAUUUUGCAAACUCGCCUCACGAUGUGGAUGCUCCUUAUCCACCUGGUCCUGUUUAUCUUCCUCCUUAUGAAUAUAGGCUAGAUUAA